CUCAGAUACGAACCAACAUAUCUCUGAAGGUUCCUUAUACUAGCCGAACAAGCCAUGUUUAACUCCAAAGUGCCCAGCAGCUCUACCGCUGAGGGAGGAGUUCACUCCUCCCUUCCUGACCUCAACGAGGCAUUCGUGGAGAAUGAGGCUGGAGAAAGUAAUGUUGCUUUUGCUAUUGGCGAGGAGGAGAGGGCCAAUUCCAAGAAAAGAAAGGUGGAGGCUACUAUUCUUAUCGGUCAGGCUCAGGCUGACUAUGCCAAGAAACAUUGUAAGGAGGCGGAAGCCGAGUUUCAGAAGACGGUGGAGUCUCUAAGGGAAAUGGUUGCAAAUUUCUGUACGGACAUGCUAACUCUGAUGGACAAAUUAGCGAAGCAGCCUCCAUGCAAAGGGCCUGAAAUUAUAGAUCCUCCCCCCGCGGCCUUUAAGCCCAGUAGCUCUACCUCUGAGGGAGGAGUGAAGCCCUCCCUUCCUGACCUCAACGAGGCAUUCGUGGAGAAUGAGGCUGGAGAAAGUAAUGUAGCUUUCGCUAUUGGCGAGGAGGACAAGGCCAAUUCCAAGAAAAGGAAGGUGGAGGCUACUAGUGGUGGGGAAGGACCGAAGGACAUCAUGCCAACUUUUCCAGCAAUCCCCUAAACUGAAAUAGAUGACUACCGGCGGGUUUUCUUUUUGGGGGAGAAAGAGAGCUCAUUUCUCUUAACCUUCCUAGUUGCUAAGCUUUGUCGUUAUUUAGUUAAUUUUUUUUUUUUGGUACAUGUCGUUCUCUUAAGUGAGUCUGUACC